AUGUUACCAUUUGCAGGUGCUUUGCUGCAGUACACUCUUGAUCCAUCCGUAUACCUGAUUGGAUGUUCAGCCGGUGUCUACGCACUCAUUACGGCGCAUUUAUCAAAUCUUAUCAUUAACUGGUCUGAAAUGCCGUUCCGAAUACCGCGUUUGUUACUGAUAGGUACUUACUUAUCAUUGGAUAUCGGAUCAGCUGUGUAUCGUCGUUUGCAAAGUGAUCAGUGUGAUCGAGUUUCUUAUACGGCACAUAUUGCUGGAGCAAUUACCGGCCUACUGAUGGGAAUUGUACUCCUUUACAAUCUUAAGGUACUGAAAUGGGAACGUAUCUUGCUGAUCGCCAGUUUGACGACUUAUGUUGUGAUCUUCAUUUUUGUGAUAAUUAUGGUCAUAUUUGUUGAACCCUUCUCGAAACCACUUUGGGAUUCAACGAAAUGUCUCGGUGAAAUUAACUGA